AUGCCGGAGCCCAAAUCCCGUAAUGAAGUGCUGAAGAGGUGCUGCGUUUUCCUGUCACUUCCGUAUUACAGCCUGUUUUUUUACCUGGGAAACAGGUCGGCUCGACCCGCCCCCCAGAACAUCCUGCCUGUUGCGGUUGUACCUGUGAAGAGAUCCACAUCAGGCUGUGUACAGAGGACUGUGACUGAGGUUCAUUUAAUCCUCCGGCGCUCUACGGGAUCCUUUAACCAUCUGAAGGACGCCGAGGAGGCGAUGACGCGGGGGAGAGCGAGGAAGGUCGCCCGGAGACCCCGCUGUCGGUUAAGGGGCAACACGGACGCAGCAGGCCUGAGAGCGAGACAGCAGGGUUUUAAUGAGACAUCAGGCAAGGCCGGGAAAACCGGUGAGGGAGGCGGUGCCAGGGUAUCUCUCUUUGCCCAUGCUGACGCACAGAUGGAGCAGCCUGUUGACCUCCUCAAGCCUUCCGCUUUUGACCACAUUCCCACAGUGGACCUGAGUUCAGCUCUGCCUUUACGAGUGCCACCCGCUGCCAUCCCCAUGGACCUGCGCGUGGACCAGCGGCCGGGCGGGGGGGGUAUGACGGUGGGCACGCGGGGCGAGGGCGGGGAGACGGUCGCCGACACUACGCAGCAGGAGCAGCAGCUGCAGCAGGAGCUACUGGCCCUUAAACACAAACAGCAGGUCCAGAGACAGAUCCUCAUCGCCGAGUUUCAACGCCAACACGAACAGCUCUCACGCCAACACGAGGUCCAGCUACAGGAGCACAUUAAGCAUCAACAGGACCUGCUGGCUCUAAAGCACCAGCAAGAACUGUUGGAGCACCAGCGUAAGAUGGAGAAGCAUCGUCUGGAGCAGGAGAUGGAGAAGCAGCAGAGAGAGCAGAAGCUACAGCUCCUAAAGAACAAAGAACGCAGUCAAGAGAGUGCGGUGGCCAGCACUGAGGUGAAGAUGAGACUGCAGGAGUUUGUGUUAAAUAAGAAGAAAGCGCUGGCCCAGCGUAGCCUAAACCACUGCCUUCCCAACAACCCCCGCUACUGGUACGGGAAAACCCAGCACAGUUCCCUGGACCAAAGCUCUCCUCCCCAGACAGGCAUGUCUGCCUUCAACCACCCCGCGGUCGGUGUCUACGACUCAAAAGACGACUUCCCACUCCGCAAGACAGCCUCAGAGCCGAACCUGAAGCUGCGCUCCCGUCUGAAACAGAAGGUGACAGAGAGGAGGAGCAGCCCGCUCCUGCGACGGAGAGACAGCCCCAUCAGCACAGCCAAGAAACGCUCCCUAGACAUGGCCGAUUCGGCAUGUAGCAGUGCCCCAGGCUCUGGUCCCAGCUCUCCAAACAACAGUUCCCACAACAUUCCCUGUGAGAACGGCAUCACAGUGGCUGUCUCUAGCACUGCAGAGUCGUCUCUAGCCCACAGGCUCUCUGGUCGUGAUGGUUCGGUGAAUCAGGUGUCUCUGUACACGUCACCAUCUCUGCCCAACAUCACUCUGGGUCUGCCUGCUACCGGCACCAACAACGUGACGUCAGCCCAGCAGGACGGCGAACGUCUGAUCGUGACCAGUUUACCCAUGACCGCUCCCUUCCUGGCCACCUCUCACAUGUCAUCAUAUCUUACCAGCUCUGAGGCAGGAAAUACCCACAAUGCCUUGCUGCAGCACAUGGUCCUUCUGGAACAGCAGUCAGCGGCCCAAAGUCCUCUGGCCACAGGGAUAGGAGCCACGCCCAUCCAGUCGCCCUCCGUUCACAAGCUGCGUCAGCACCGCCCCCUGGGCCGCACCCAGUCUGCGCCCCUCCCCCAGAGCAGCCAGGCCCUGCAGCAGCUGGUGGUCCAGCAACAGCACCAGCAGUUUCUGGAGAAACACAAACAGCAGUUUCAACAGCAGCAGCUCCACAUGAACAAGAUGUUGGCUAAGCCAGGUGAGGUGGGCAGGCAGCAUCAGAGUCACCCAGAGGAGACAGAGGAGGAACUUAGAGAGCACCAAGACUCCGCCCAGGGUGAGGGGUCUCCCCUCGCUGUCAAAAUCAAACAGGAGCCACCUGACCCCCAGGAGGAUGACAGACAGACUGAACAAGAGCUACUCUUCAGACAGCAGGCUCUCCUGUUGGAACAGCAGAGGAUCCAUCAGCUGAGAAACUACCAGGCCUCUAUGGAGGCCGCUGGCCUGUCCGUCACCUUCCCGGGGCACCGCCCCCUCUCCAGGGCCCAAUCAUCUCCUGCCUCUGCCUCUUUCAUCACCGUACAGGAGCCACCUUCCAAGCCUCGCUUCACAACAGGUCUGGUGUACGACUCUCUGAUGCAGAAACACCAGUGUAUGUGUGGGAACACAAACACACACCCGGAACAUGCUGGGCGUAUCCAGAGCAUCUGGUCUCGACUACAGGAGACAGGCCUGAGAGGACAGUGUGAGUGUAUCCGGGGAAGGAAGGCCACACUGGAGGAGCUGCAGUCUGUUCACUCAGAGGCUCAUGUCCUGCUGUAUGGAACUAACCCACUCCGCCAGAAACUGGACAGCUCGGUUUUAACCAUGUUCGUCAGACUGCCCUGUGGAGGCAUCGGGGUGGACAGUGACACUAUCUGGAAUGAGGUCCACUCUUCCAGUGCGGCCCGUUUAGCUGUCGGUUCUGUGAUUGAGCUCGUCUUCAAAGUGGCAACUGGAGAACUCAAGAAUGGUUUUGCCGUGGUUCGGCCGCCCGGACACCACGCAGAAGAGAGCACUCCCAUGGGAUUCUGUUACUUCAACUCUGUUGCCAUAGCAGCCAAACUCCUACAACAGAGGCUCAAUGUCAGCAAAAUCCUGAUUGUUGACUGGGAUGUUCACCAUGGUAACGGAACACAACAGGCAUUCUAUGAUGACCCCAACGUUCUAUACAUUUCUCUUCAUCGCUAUGACGACGGGAACUUUUUCCCAGGCAGUGGAGCACCUGAGGAGGUGGGCAGUGGUCCAGGAGUGGGUUUUAAUGUUAACAUGGCGUUUACCGGCGGUCUGGACCCCCCCAUGGGUGAUGCUGAAUACCUGGCCGCCUUCAGGACGGUGGUGAUGCCCAUUGCCAAUGAGUUUGCCCCUGACGUGGUCCUGGUCUCUGCCGGCUUUGACGCAGUGGAGGGACAUCCACCUCCAUUAGGAGGCUACAAACUCACAUCCAAAUGUUUUGGCUACUUGACCAAACAGCUGAUGAGUCUGGCUGGGGGUCGUGUGGUUCUGGCGUUGGAGGGGGGUCACGACCUCACAGCCAUCUGUGAUGCGUCUGAGGCGUGUGUUUCAGCUCUGCUGGGGAUAGAGAUGGAGCCGCUCCCCCAGGACGUUUUGAAGCAAAGACCCAAUGCAAAUGCUGUGAGCUCUAUGGAGAAAGUUCUGGAAACCCAGAGUAAGUACUGGCGCUCGGCGCAGCGGUGCAUGUCGACGGUGGACUGCUCCCUGCUGGAGGCCCAGUGCAUUGACUCUGAGGAGAGUGAAACAGUCUCAGCCAUGGCCUCUCUGUCCGUGGCCGCUCUGGAGAAACGGCCUGAGGAUGAGCCCAUGGAAGAGGAGCCUCCGUUGUAA